UUCAACAUAAGGAAAAGCUACUUCCUUGGAAACGUUUUAUUUGCUAACCUUGGGGAGAGGUUUGUUCCUUCUUAUGGCAUCAUUUUGAGAAGUGAUUGAAAAGCUUCUCGUCUUGGCUCGCAUUAAAUGUCAGACACUGAAUGUAUGCGAUUGGUGACCUACAGCUGGCUUUCCAGCUAGGGAGCUAAAAGAGCUAAUAACGUACGCGCUAACGCUAGCUAACCGAGGGGACCGAAUAUGUAACGUCUAACGUUGGAUAGCUACAUUUAUCAGUAACAGCAGCUGGAAGAGAUACGUGAUAUCUCCAGUAGAUGUUACAACAUAACUGCACAAAUAGACCUAUAGAGACGGGAAUGUUCUGGCUACAGAUGAAAAUGAACACAUCCUUUCAAUGGUUUCCCAUGAACCUCACCUGGAGUGGGAGGGUGUUGUGAGAAAGGAAAGAGGAGGAAGGAACACAAGGGGAUUAUAAAAAAAGAGUCAUGAAUCUCCAUCAGGUCCUCACUGGGGCUGUCAACCCUGGAGACAAUUGUUUCUCUGUAGGCAAUGUCAACAAUGUGCCAUUCACGGCUUAUGCGUCAGGUUGUGACGUGGUGAUUUUGGGCAGUGACUUUGAGCGCCUGCAGAUCAUCCCAGGGGCCAAACAUGGCAACAUCCAGGUCGGCUGUGUCGACUGCUCACUGCAGGGUGGACAGAUUGCAGCUUCCUAUGGAAGCAUCGUGUGUGUCUUUGAGCCUGUUCAGCCCCCAGAUCAGAAAGACAUAUCGCUGACUAAGCUGAACUGCCAGUGGCAGAAGACGGGUCAGUUUGUGUUAAAGUCUAUGGUACGGAACCUGGCCUGGCACCCCACAGGCUGCACUCUCCUGACAGGCUCGAGUAGCCUCCAGUUGUGGUCUCAUAUAAAUGAAGUGAACAGUGGAGCUGAAGAAGUAGGAAGGCAGACGGAGAUGAACAUAGGCGACAGUCAUUCUGCCUGGAGGUGCAUCUGGGAGAGCAAGACAGCCUCUCCAGUGAGUUUGAUGAAGUUCUCUCCUGAUGGGGAAUUCUUUGCAACUGCUGGACAGGAUGACUGCCUUGUAAAGGUCUGGUACAGCACUGGUAAGUGGAAGUUGGGUGUUUCCAGACUCUUUACGCCUCCAGAGCCCAGUACCAGUUUCCAGGCAGAGCUGGCCUUUUCCUUUGUCUACCUGGCCCACCCCCGCUCUGUAACUGGCUUCUCCUGGAGGAAGACCAGCAAGUACAUGCCACGAGGUGCAGUGUGUAAUGUUCUGCUCACCUGCUGUAAGGACAGCGUGUGUCGGCUCUGGGCAGAGACACUGUUGCCGGGUGACAGCCUCCUUUCUGGUUACCACAGCAACCACACUUCUGGUCAACACAAUGACACACCCCGAUCUGCUGGCCCUUCUUGGAAAAACGCUUGCAAUGGGAAGUCGCAAGGAAAAAUGGCACAGGGAUCAAACUUUCAAGAAUCAUUGCACGCCUCCUUUUAUCGGGAUGUUCCCCAGCCCUCUCUGACUGGCUGCCUGCCUCACAACCAGAGCCGACACUACAACCACAAGAGGAGCAGCAGCAGCAUGCCCCACGCCAACGCGCUCUGCCACUUCCACAUCGCUGCCAGCAUCAACCCUGCUACAGACAUUCCUCUGCUGCCCUCCAUCUCCUCUCUGAGUGCCGCCGAUGAUGAGGAACCUGGAGGACCUUUUACUGUCCACUGGCUCAACAACAAAGAGCUUAAUUUCACUUUAGCUAUGGAGGUCUUCCUACAGCAGCUCCAAGGCAGCCUGGAGCAGCAGAACGAAUGCUCCCAAGAAGAGCCUGAUGAUGAGGAUAACUGUGACGAAGAUAAUGGUAGCAGGCCAGAUGACUCCCAGGGACCUGAGGCUGUGGAGCUUCCUCUGGCAGCGGUGAAGCACCAGGUGAACGUGCUGCUGGAGGAGUGGAAUAAAGGGGCUGACAUGUUGUUCAGCAUCCAUCCCAUGGACGGCUCUCUGUUGGUGUGGCAUGUGGACUGGUUGGAUGAAUACCAGCCGGGCAUGUUCAGACAAGCUCAGGUUUCGUUUGUGUCCCGGAUCCCUGUGGCGUUCCCUACAGGUGACGCUAUCUCCUUGAGCCACAGUGUGGUUAUGUAUGCCUGCAACAAAAACGUAGAUCUGGCUAUCCAACAUGGCAGACAGCGACCCCCUGGAAGCACAUUGCCUCAAACCAAAUCAGCUCUAAUAAGCUACAGAGGUCAUGGAAAAACUGCAUCCAGCAGCAGUCUUCGACUGAGCAUUUUCACCCCGAACGUCCUUAUGAUUUCCAAACAUUCUGAUGGCUCCCUGAACCAGUGGGCAGUCAGCUUUGCCGAGGACUCUGCUUUCUCCACUGUGCUCAGCGUCUCUCACAAGUCACGGUACUGUGGCCACCGCUUCCACCUCAACGACCUGGCCUGUCACUCUUUACUCCCUCUCCUCCUCACCACCUCACACCACAACGCCUUGAGGACACCCGAGGCAGACAGCAUCCUGGCUCCUCCCGACACCUACUCAUCUGGUUUCUCUCAUCCUGCAUCUCUGCCCCAGGGGUCACGGCCCAGCAGGUCAUCCCUGGGUGUAGUUUCCCAGGAUCCAAACGCGAUCUACAGUGAGCUCAUAUUAUGGAGAGUAGAUCCCGUUGGCCCGCUGUCUCUGUCAGGCGGGGUGUCUGAGCUUGCUCGGAUCAAUUCUCUCCAUGCAUCAGCAUUUGCUAAUGUAGCCUGGCUGCCCACGUUCAUUCCCAGCAGCUGUUUAGGGAUGUACUGUAACUCUCCCAGCGCCUGCUUCGUGGCGAGUGACGGCCACUCCCUCCGGCUCUAUCAGGCUGUUAUUGAAGCUAAGAAACUCCUGAGUGAGCUCUCUAAUCCUGAGAUAUCAAAAUAUGUCGGGGAGGUGUUCAACAUCAUCAGUCAGCAAUCCACAGCCAAACCAGGGUGUAUUAUAGAGCUGGAUGCCAUUACUGACUUUCAGGGGAAGCAGACCCAGCUUCUUCAUGUGUUUGAGGAGGAUCUGAUCCUCGGCAGUGAGAGAACGGAGAACACACAGGAAACCGCAGAAUCUCCUCACACUGACUCAAGCGAUACAGCCUUCUCUGCACGUUUUUUCCUUGUGGUGGUCGAAUUGAUCCCGACUGGUCGCUCACUCCUCCACAUGUGGCAUCUCCAUCUUGCUGCCCGACCCAUCACCAUGGAAGAGACCUCGGCGAAAAACGAUGCCAGCUCAGAUUCUGACAUGAACAGUUCUACAUUUAGCUUUGACACGUUUGGUUCCCCAGUACCUCAGAAGAGUAAACCCUGCUCCUCAAAUCUGCAGAGUGCCUGUCGCCUCAGCCUCACAACACACAGGCUCUACAGCCAAGAGAUGGCUCUGCCAGAAGGGGUGGAGGCCAUCAGUGUUACACCUUCAGCAGGUCACCUGAGCGCAUCCUGCUCUCUGCCAGCGGAUCGUCUGCCUUACCUGCUCGCUACUUCCUGUUCAGAUGGAAAGGUGCGUUUCUGGAGGUGUACAGUCAUGGAGCCUUCCAGUGUAGACAACUUGGUGUACCAGUGGGAGGAGUGGCCUCUGCUGGUGGAGGAAAUGCUUCCUAACAGCAGCGCAGUAAGCGUGCAAGGUCAUCCCAUUGAGGUGAGCUGCUGUCACUCUGGACGGAUUGCAGUCGCCUACAGGCAGACACCAAACUCCCCUCUCAACUCAACACCUUACCUGAACUCUCAGGGACGUUUGACUUGUCCUCCUACUCUGGCCUCCUCCCCUUUCAUAAACAAUACCAACACCCACAUGACCCCAACUGUGACUGUACAGCAUAGUCCAAAUCUCACUCCCAGCCCCAACCAGGCAAACACUACUGAGCCGUUGGUCCACAUCAGCAUCUUUCAGUGCGAGUCCACUGGUGGCUCGCAGUGGAUCCUGGAGCAGACCAUAGUCCUGGACAGCACAGAAAGUGCCAGUAUCCCAGGUAACAUGCACUGUCCUAUACCCAACCAGGACUGUCCUGCCUCGAGUAGUGCAAGCCUGGUUCAUUUGGACUGGGUCUCCCAAGAAGACGGGUCACAUGUUCUCACUGUUGGUAUUGGCACAAAGAUUUAUAUGUACGGCCGUCUCUCUGGGAAGCCUCCAGAACUGGGUUUGUCAUCAGAGGCCAGUAGAGAACAGAGCUCGUCCCGUCUGGUUCUGCUGCGUUCGGUCAAUCUGGUCUCCUCUGUGGAAGGCUCAUUGCCCAUUCCUGUGUCCCUCUCCUGGGUGAGAGAUGGCAUUUUGGUAGUAGGCAUGGACUGUGAGAUGCACGUCUACUCCCAGUGGCAGCCCCCAGCACCUUUCAAAGCCAGCGUUGCCCAAGACACAGACAUCAGCAGCAGCGUCUCCUCCAUAAUCUCUGCCGUCAGACAGAGCCAGGAGGAGGGGCUCAGCUCUGGAGCCCCCAUGUUUACACUGGCCCCUCCCAAAAGGGCGUUGACCAGAUCAAUGAUGAGCCUAGCUCAGAAACUCAGUGGGAAAAGAACAGCUUAUGACCUGCCGCUGGAGAUGGAAGAUUCUGGGCUUUUUGAAGCAGCUCACCAACUCUUUCCCACUCUGCCCCAGUAUCACCCUGUACAGCUGCUGGAGCUCAUGGAUCUCGGGAGGGUUCACCGUGCCAAGGCCAUCCUGUCCCAUCUGGUGAAAUGCAUUGCUGGAGAGAUUGUGGCACUUAAAGACAGCACGACCAAUCCUGAGAAACGUGUGCGCUCUCGAACCAUCAGCGCCGGAGGCAGCACAGCCAGAGACUCCAAAAUGUUCAGCAAAGCAGAGAACUCCCCCCCUGACUACACAGAGAUAAGCUCCAUCCCCCCACUGCCACUCUACGCCCUUCUCGCAGCCGAUGAUGAGGACACAUCACCAAAACCUGAUAAAGUGGGCAGUGUGAGUGGAGAUAGCGGCCAUGGUUCCAGUCACGCUGAUGUCUAUGAUGAGCUCUUUCAUACGCCAAGCAUUGUGGAUCUGGAACCUCUGGAUGAUGAUCAAGAGGAAACUGGAAACAAGGUUAUUGACCUGUCGCAGUACAGUCCGACAUUUUUCGGUCCAGAGCAUGCUCAGGUUCUGUCCAGUCACCUCCUACAUUCCAGUUUGCCCGGACUCACCCGUAUGGAGCAAAUGUCUCUCAUGGCGCUGGCCGACACCAUCGCCACCACAAGCACAGACCUCAAGGACAGCCAAGGCAAGAGCAAAGGAGGUGAGACACUGGAUGAGUGCGGCCUGAAGUUCCUGCUUGCCGUCAGACUCCACACCUUCCUCUCUACCUCGCUGCCUCCAGCACACAGAGCACAGCUGCUACGGCAAGGCCUGUCAACAUGUCAUUAUGCCUGGGCAUUCCACUCGGAGGCUGAGGAGGAGCUGCUGAACAUGCUGCCUGCUCUACAGAAGGGAGAGUCCACGUGGCCGGAGCUGCGCUCCAUGGGCGUGGGCUGGUGGCUGCGCAGCACAAACAAGUUGCGCAAGUGUAUAGAGAAGGUUGCCAAGACUUCUUUACAGAGAAACAAUGAUCCUCUGGAUGCAGCUAUAUUUUACCUCGCAAUGAAGAAGAAGGCAGUGGUCUGGGGAUUGUACAGAUCCCAGAGGAAUGCCAAAAUGACAGAGUUUUUCCGCAACAACUUCAGUGAGGACAGGUGGAGGAAAGCCGCACUGAAGAACGCAUUUUCUCUGUUGGGGAAGCAGCGGUUCCAGCAUUCGGCAGCCUUCUUCCUUCUAGCCGGAUCCCUUAAGGAUGCCGUUGAGGUGUGUAUCGAAAAAAUGCAGGACCUACAGCUUGCACUGGUGAUCUCCAGACUGUAUGAGUCAGAGUUUGAAACGGCAUCCACAUACAAAAAGAUCCUCCGGAGAAGUGUUCUGGGACAAGACAAACAGAUUCCUGAACAGAAGGAUCCGUUCCUGCGUAGCAUGGCUCACUGGGUCCUGGAGGACUACAGCAGAGCGUUGGACACUCUCCUCGAGCAGCCUGCUGACAGAACCAGCUCUGGGUCCACUGAGAGCAAAUGUGACACUGGCUCCUCUUCAGUGUCUGCCUGUAACCCUGAGGUUUUCAACUUUUACACCUACCUUCGAACCCACCCACUACUCCUUCGGCGCCAUUUUGGCUCCUCCGACAAGGCUAAAGUUGGACUGACCGCUGAGUGCCGCAGGGCAGACUCCAUUAGCCUGGAGGAGAGGAGACUGUUUUUCACAGCUGCUUACGCACACCUCCAAGCUGGCUGCCCUAUGCUAGCCCUUGAAGUCCUCUCCAAGAUGCCCAAAGUCCGCAAGCAUUCCAAACUCCCCGACCAUGAGGGUGCCGGCAUCGCGGCUGAUCUCAGCGCUGGGAGCAAAAAUGGACAGAGUUCAGAGCAGGAUUGGUCUCAGUCGGCUCUGAACGGCUACGAGUCUGACAGAAACAGCUUGUGCAACAGCCGGUCAGAGUCAGUGUUAAGUUUUGACUGGAGCCACCCGUCGAUGAACCAUCCGGAUGAGCCCCUGGAGCUUAAAUGGGAGAGUGACAAAGAUGAUGAAGAAGACGAUGAAGAGGAUGAAGAAGAAACUAAAAAUGGUAAGAGUGGCAGAACUGAGGACGGCAGCAGCGUGUUUCAGGAUGCGCAGGAUGCCAUGUCGCCGCUCAUGGAGACUGUGCCGGGAGAGGAGAGUGACGAUGACUUUCUCGCUCCUUCUGAUGACAUCUUGGCGGCCCAGCUGAAGUUUACCGCCUGCCUUAAGAUCAUGACCAAUGAGCUCCGGACGCUGUCGACGGGGUAUGAGCUGGAUGGAGGGAAGCUGCGUUGCCAGCUCUACCAGUGGCUGGAGAGAGAGGUCGUGGCUCUCCAGCGCUGCUGCAGCUACAAGCCCUGCUUGCCAGAGCUGUCUGUCCAGGGGGGGGCGUCUGUCUCCGGGCUGGGCGAGGAGGAACAGCCGAGGAGUCCUCGUGGUGACAGCCAGAGGAGCAGGAGGCACUGGCUGCAGAGUAACCAGCCCUUACUGAGGAUGUUUCUGAGCUACUGCAGCCUACAUGGCUCCCACGGAGGAGGACUGGCAUCUGUGCGCAUGGAGCUCAUUCUGUUGCUUCAAGAGUCUCACCAGGAUGACUCCAUGCAGGCGGUGGCGGCGGCGAUGCCAUGUUGCCAACCGACAUCGAUCCCUCUCCUGAUGGCCUGCACGGCAAACGUAAAGACGGUGGUGGCCAAUCCCAUUGUCUACCUGACCAACCUGGCUCAUGACAUCCUACAGACCAUCAAUUCACUGGACUCUCCUCCACACCCUGAUGUUGUCAACAAUGAGAUCUAUGUGAUGCACACAUUGGCUGCCUCCCUGUCCGCCUGCAUAUAUCAGUGUCUCUGUGAUGGACACACCCACAGCCAUGUGAACCACUUCACAGGAAUCGUGUAUCAGAGUGUUUUGCUGUCUCAGAAGCAGCCUGUCCGAACCGUCAGCAUGGACGAGUCCGUUCAGCCCAACACGCCCCCCGCACAGUGGCCAGGUAUCGCCUCCCUGAUUCGCCUGUUGAGCUCAGCAGGCGAGGAGAGCCAGCCAGGCUUAGCUGUGCUGCUCUGUGAGAUCGUGACUGCGGUCUUCCUCAGUCUAUUUGUUCACGGCAUGGCCACUCACUCAAGCAACGAGCUGUUUCGCAUCGUGGCCCACCCUCUCAACAGCCAGCUUUGGGUGACCGUGUUCGGAGGAGGCGCUCGGACCCCUGUCAUAGCGAAACCCAACAGCCCCGCAAGAACACCGCCACCAGCCUCACCAAGCGGCUCAGACAGGAAGUCCAGACGAUUCAGACUCCUGUCAUCACGCAGCGGAUCCAAGGACGAGUCGGGGAUAGAGCGUGAGGGCCCAUCCAGUCCCAAGCAGAGCCCUGUAGUGGAACAGGAAGCUACCUCCAUCUUCAAAGAACGGUUUAUCCCACCAGAGCUCAGCAUUUGGGAUUACUUUAUCACCAAGCCUUCACUGCCACAAUCAGAAAACAGAGUUGAAUAUGACUCUGAGGAGAGCCAAGACAGUCAAGAUGAAGAGGAAGAUGAUGAUCAAUAUGAAGAUGUGUUUGACCCCAGCUCUCCGCACAGAGAGCAUUCAAACCACAACUCAUACAGUUGGUGUUUGAUGCGUCUGGCAAUGGUUCAACUUGUGUUGGUCAACCUGAAAACCUUUUACCCAAUGGCAGGAUAUGAUCUAUUAGAUCUGCCUGUGGGCUCUCCUCUGUGUCACGCUGUGCUGAAGACGCUGCAGCGCUGGGAGCAGUUGCUGCAGAAAAGGCUGGAGAUCUUCGGGGGCCCCCCUUCCAAGUACAUCUCCACCAACCUCCAGGAUGAAACCACUGCACCUGGCCCCGCCCUGCUCAGACACAAGGCCCUGUUUGAGCCAUCCAACAGCCCAUUCAGGACAAGCCACCAUUCAGCACUGCCAGUGAAGCGCCUGUGGCAGUAUCUGGUGAAGCAGGAAGAAGUGCAAGAGACUUUCAUCAGAAACAUCUUUACCAAAAAACGGGACCCCAAUGAGUCGAGUGAGGACCCGACUGACAAUAUGAAUAUGAAAUGUUCAGGGAUGGAGGAGACGGGAAACAAUCAGACUGAGUCAGAUCUGGGCUCCUCCGGAGGGAAGGCACGCAUCAUCCACAAGGAAUCUGACAUCAUCACAGCCUUCGCCAUCAACAAGGCAAAUCGUAAUUGUUUAGUCAUGGCCUCCACCCAUGACAUUCAGGAGUUGGAUGUGUCAUCCAUCCUGGCCACACAGAUCUUGACAUGGAUCGAUGACGAUGAGGCCGAAGCCAAAGGUGUGUCCGAUGACUUCCUGGUAGUGCAUGCACGCGAUGACUUCGCCACCAUCCACGGCACCACGCCGUACACUCACAGCACCCCAGGCACCCCCAUCAACAUGCCGUGGCUGGGCGGGGUGCAGACCGGCCGGGGUGCAGCCGUGAUGAUUAAGAGAAAUAUCAACAAUGUGAGAAGGAUGACCUCCCAUCCCACACUGCCAUACUACCUGACGGGGGCACAGGAUGGAAGCGUGCGGAUGUUCGAGUGGGGUCACUCCCAGCAGAUCAUCUGCUUCAGGAGUCCAGGCAACUCCAGAGUCACCCGAAUACGAUUCAACCACCAGGGAAACAAGUUUGGUAUCGUGGAUGCUGAUGGAGGUUUGAGUCUCUGGCAGACCAAUACGAGUGGGACCGCUCCUAAACCAUACCUGACGUUGCACUGCCAUAACAAGACAGCAAACGACUUUGUCUUCGUGGGCUCCUCCUCCCUCAUUGCCACUGCAGGACUCUCAACAGACAACAGGAACGUGUGUCUCUGGGACACGCUGGUGACUCCUGCCAAUAGCCUGGUGCAUGCGUUCUGCUGCCACGAGUCUGGAGCCACCGUGCUCCUGAUGGCCUCCAGGCAGCAGCUGCUCAUCACAGGGGGGAGGAAGGGCUGGAUCAGCGUCCUGGAGCUCGCCCACCGGCACCAGCGUCAGAGCUUCCAGGCUCACGACUCCCCCGUCAAAGCUCUGGCUGUCGAUCCCACCGAGGACUGCUUCAUCAGUGGAUCAGCUGAGGGCAACAUUAAGAUCUGGAGCCUGGCCUCACAGUGUCCGCUCUACAACUUUCCCAAUGAGCACGCUCGCCAGUCGCUCUUCAGAAACCUCGGCACCGGCGUCAUGCAGAUCGAGGUGGGACCGGCCAAUCACAUCUUCUCCUGCGGCGCUGACGGGACCAUGAAGAUGAGGGUCCUCCCCAACCGCUUCAGUGUCGCCAACAACAACAACAACCACAACAGCGAUGUAAAGUUCUUCAUAUAGACACACACAGGGACAUACAUUGGUUGGAUUAAUUUGAUAUAAUAAUGUGAAUCUAGGGAAACGCCUUUCCACCCGGAGCAGUGUUCGUCAGGCCGUGUGAUGAUGGGGUUUAAACCAGAGUAAAUGAAGAAAACUCAAAAAACUCCGAGUAAGAUCCAGUGAGUCUGAUCCCAAGGGCCAAAGAGUGACGCGAUCGCAUCCAAUGCUCUUUGUUUGGGACAUGACCCGAAACUGACCAAUCACAGGAGCCUCUACAAGUGUUUAAACUGCGGCAGGAGUUAAAGUAGGCACAGGGUAAUGCCCGAGGGUGCAGUCAAUCGGAAUAAACUGAGACAAAAGAAACUGCUGCAGACUUAUUAAAACAAACUGCUGUCUCAGCGUGGACUGGACGUGGAGAGACUUUUUUUUUUUGCACAGGAAAUGACGCUGUGGAAGUCACAGGAAGUGGCAGCAGACUGUGAAGAGUCUAACACUGCAGCGCUGUCCUUCGUAUACAGCAUCACACAGUCUAUUAGUGCGUAUGAGGGAAGCAUCAUGAGGGGGGAGGCUGGAAUCACUGCUGAAGUGUUAAGGUGGCAAAAUACAGUAGACUGUGAGUUGUACGGGGAGGAUCAUUUGGGGGGGUGGGGGCAACGUCACCACAAGCACAACGCUGUAAGGCCAGUGUUCGUCCUACAAAGCACAUUAUAUCCAGUCACAGCGCACAUUCUGGUCCUCCAUUAAAGAAGAACGAACACAAAGGAGUCCGCUUGGUUGGGACAGCACAAUUACACAAUAUCAUCUCAUAUCAGUGCUAUCACUUCAUAUUUUAAUUACAGGCGUUUGGCUGAUAAACUUUGUUCAAACAGGAAGCUGAUUUAAAAAAAGAACGCAAAUCUCUUAAGACACUCGCUAUGCAAAUGUACUUUCUGGCAUAAAUGUUUGAGAAGAGUAAAUCCUUUCUCCGCUGUUAACUGUACGGCUUCUGCCAGUAGACGGGUAGCUACAGUCGCUGAGCAGAGCUAGAUAUCUUAGCUCAAAGAUGAAGACGUACAAAAAGCAUAACCACAUCUGGUCAGAGCCACGCUAGCUAAACUAAGCUGAAUAGCUGCUAAAACUUCAUAGCUAACCCGCAGAAAAAAAGUGUCAUAUCUAGUGUUUAGUGUCGGUAAGAAAUUAAGCAUAUUUCACAAACUGUUUAAACACUCUUUUGAUCGAGCUCAUAGUAAAGUGGGACAUGAGUUUCCUAAUUUAAUGGACUACCUGAAUGCGCAUUUUCUCAAAUUACUCUGUUUGCACAUAAUCAUGAAGCUCAAUAAGAUGUAGUGAAUAUAUGAGGCUGGAUGUCAGUAAAGCAGUCUAAGCCUUUGGUAAUAAUAAGGUUAAUAUAUAGUAGGAAGUUGUUUAUCCAUGCCUAGAUUAAACUGGUAUUAUUAAGUGUCCUUCUUCUCUGCAAACUAGUUCACAAUAUUAAUGGUAAUAGAUAUUAGGUUGCACACAGUAGUUUUAAUUUACAAGGCUGUUUGAAUGGGACACCGUCGGACCUUUCUGGCUGCAUUUAGUAAACAGUAAAAUGAGAACACAUGUAGCGGACACGUUGCUGUUGACAAUGGAAAGGGGGUGGGGUAUUUGUACAAGUUUUAAUGAAUAUACUAUUUUGUUGUGGAAAUGCUUUAUUCCGAUAACAGUGCACUUCCCUUUCAUUUACUGCUAACUCUAGUUUCCAUACGGACCAUGAUUGAAAGCUGCCUUGGAGACGAUAUUGUUUGCCUUGUAGUGUUCAGAGUAGUGUCAGCUUUUGCAGUUCAGUUGCUUUGUCACAAACACUUUAUUACCAUUCAGUUGCUUUGUUUCUCAUCCUAAUUCAGCACAUUGCCUUCAGUAUAUGCUUUGGAAAUGUAAUCUAGGUUAGUGUGUAAUAGGAAGUGUCUUCCACAUAUUUAAGGAAGAGGUUCAUGCAAACUGUCCGAUAGCCAUCUGGUCUGAAGGAAUAUAACCCAUGAAGCUAUUUACCCAUAAACCCUUGUUGUGCUGCUGUAGAGAAACACUUAGCUUUGAUUUCAGGGAGGAUAAGCUUUCAGAAGUAUUAGGUAUGUACAUACAUAGAUCCAUAUACUAGGCUUCUCAUGAUGACUGCAUAAUCAUAGGUCGUACUGUAGAUAUGACAGAGCCACUUUAAGAAGAAUAUUCUGUAAAAUGCAGGUAUAUUUAUGAAACAUUAAGGAUUAUCAACUGAGCCAUUUAUCAAGGCGGAUGUAAUGUUAUUUUUCCUCUCGAUUGGUCACUAACACUUUCUUUUUGCUCAUUAUUUCCCGUUGUGGGCUUGAACAACCAGGAUGUUUCACUUUUUCCCCCACAAAUCAUAGUGGUUGAAGACUGAAGUGUACUCCUGCAGCAAAUGGAGAUUAAAUAUUUUUUAUCAAAGCCAAACUAAAUGUACAGAACGGGAGAAUAAAGUCAAUUUUAUCAAAGAGAGUGCUUUUUUUUUCUUAUGCUGCUCAUCUUUCUUUAAAGACUCAUAAACAGAUCAGUUUACCACAUCAGGGGCCGCUCGGCUCCAUCUAAUAUCACAAUCAACUCACACGUGUUGCUUUUUCCCCUCUUCUUGUAAAUGUGAAAUUGAUCAGAUAAUUCUAAUUUUAUAAUGUCAUGUAAAUUGAUGUAUUAAAGACAGAAAAUAUACUGAUGUAAUAAAAAUAAUCAUGUGCUAUGA